ACAAAUCCCAGAGCAUGCCCCUCCACUGGCAGAGAGUGCCAUCCCUCGGCUCCAGUCCAGCUUCACUGGCGGGAUCCAGUCUGUCCCUACGAGCACCUUCACGCACCGAGUCCGUUCAGUCUCUGGACUCUCUCGAUGGGAAUGACCCGUUCGACACACCAAGCGAUCAGUCAGUCAAUUUCGUGCUGAAGGAGCUGAGGAGUAUUGAAGGGAAACCGGUUAAUUCGCCAUCAGGGAGUAGGAUCCCAGUUCUAGAGAGGAGGGAUGGGAGGUACACUGGAAAAGGUGAAGAUGUAGCAUCACCCACAGUGAACAGGAUGCUGAACUUUGAGGAAAUGAAGAAUGGAGGACAAGAAGUGGAUGAAGAGGACGGAGAUGUGCUGACAGAGCUGAGAGAUGAGUUCAUGCCGCUCCAUCGAGAGAGCACGACUGCCAGAGUUCACCAUGCUAUCAGGCACUUGCGAAGCCAGCUCGACCAAGCUGCAUCCCGCAUCAGGACCCUAGAGGCUGAGCUGAAACAUGGGAAGAGCAAACCAGCUGAGAUCAAUGGAUCAGAGAACUGGACUCCUCUCCUCCAGGAGGAAGGUGGCGGCUCCCUGCUGCAGAGCCUCGGCCGCUCCCUGCACAGCCGGGAGCGUCUGGUCCAGGAGUGCAUGGGUCUGAUCAGAAGACUGUGUGUGGAGGAGGGAGCAGGCACUGAGCUGGCCAGCAAGUUGACUGAGAAACUGACUGAGACUCUGAAGGAAAUUCUGUCGGACAACAAGGCUGCCCUGGAGACUCUAAAGUCUGAAUGGACAGAGAAAGAAAAGGGCAUGGAGAAAGAGAUUGAGGCACUGAGGAAGGCUGGACGAGACCGAGAGAGAGACCUGGACACACUCAACACUGUGCUGCAGUGCAACCAGGACAUUAUCAAUGACCUGCGAGUGGCUCUGGGGGAGAAGGAGCACCUUCUGAAGGGGGUGGAGAAAGAGAGGGAGGUGUGUAGACAGAAGGACGAAGCCCUCGCUGCUGCCCUGCAGGAGAAGGAGGCUCUGAUCCACACCUUCAAAGAGCAGCUGGAGAUCUGUCAGAAGGAGGCUGCCUCCGACUCUGUGAGUGGGCAGCGUUCUGCUGAGCUGGCAGCCCUGCUGAAGGACUGGGAGGGAAACGGCGCCAUCUUGUGUCAGGAGGUCACCAAACUCACCACAGCCCUGCAGGAAAGCCAGAACAUGGUGCAGAGUCAGCAGGAGAGUCACAGCCAGACGGUGUCCUCUCUGACAGAUCAACUCCGAGACACUCGGCAGGAGCUGAGGCAGAAGGAGAAGGAGAAGAAGGAGGCUGACAGAGCCGGACGCAACAGCAGAGAGGACCAAGAGCGAGAAGAGAGGAGGCUGAGGGACAGUCUGGACAAAAGGAACAAACUCAUAGAGCAAAUCCUGUUGGAUGCCGAGGAGCGGGACCACCUGUUCAGAGAGCUGCAGCAGAACCUGCAGAACAAACGUGAACCUGUGACGGCCAUGAAACACACACUGUGAUGGAGGACACACUGUACUGACCAGAUGCAGACUCACUGCACAGACACGGAGAAAUACUUUGCACUUUCUGCACCACCUGUUUGCCUCGUUAACAUAUUUAUCGUGGUGCGCAUUAAGUCUAUUUAUAUUUAUUUCUCUGCAUUUAGGAGGUUUGCAUUUGCAGCCCUGUCCUGCUUGGGCGUGUGCUGAAGGAAAGCUGAUUUUUUUUUCCACACCCCCCCACAGUUACUACUUAACUUUCUGCAGUGAAUCGGGAAAUUCCAGCCUGAUUGUUUUCGGUGGUGCAGGAUGUCAGGUCCAGAUUUUAAUAUCUGGAUGUUAAUUACUUGAUUUAAAAAUCACUGGAUUACUGUAUUUAGUUAAAUUUGAAUGUAAUGGGUCUAAUGAUUACGCAGUGAUUUCAUUUCAUGCAGUGGGAACUUUUCUUAACGGAUGUGAGGAACAUUCAUGUCCUCUAGAACAGGAGCGGGUACGAUAUGUUAGAAAUUAGAAUUUUCCUUAAAAUAAUUAAUGAAUCUCUUUGCAGUGGUGUUUUAGAGAAGUGCCAUAUUUUUUGUUUACAGUGCUGGCUGAGCACUUACACAGGGGUAAAAUUACAACCAAAUAACAUUUUGACCUGCUUUCACUCUGUUUAUUUUUAUAUGUGUCUAUAUUUUCAUUUUUUUGUGCUGGAAUUAUUCUUAAUUUUCUUUACCGUUUACAUGUCUUGUAUAGUUAUUCUGGGACUUUCUAUUCACUCAAGAGAAUUAAACACUCUGAUCCAAAUUA